CUUUUUCUUGCUGGGGGGGGGGGGUGGAAGGACGCAAACCAUCAUUGCAAAACGGGGCAAGGGGUGCCUCGAUGCGCACGGCUCGCUCUUGACUUCUGCACGGAGCGGGGGAAAGAAAGGUUGGAAGCCGGAGAGGAAACCUUUCCCGGGAUGAACGGGGAGCCGCCGAGACGAACAGCGGGUAAAUAAGAACUUGCAGCGGUCAGUACCGCAGGUUGACACAGCCCCCGCCCGGGCGCCGCUUCUUCCAUCCAUCACUUUGCGCCAAAGCUGGGUUGGGCUUGGCUGCGACCAGAGCUCAAACGGAGGAGACCUCUGCGCUUCAUCGUAUGUGAGCUGUCCCUAAGAUGCUGAAGGAUGGAUGUGGAAGGGAGCUGGGAGUCUGACAAUGACACUUGCGGCACAGGGGAAGAUCGCUCGGAUGACUGCGUUCCUGAGUGGGUGGGUCAGAAAGGUGGCCUCCGGCUAGACGUAGAUGAAGACUACUCUCUGCCUCCCAGCCCUGAGGGCAGCCUUGAUGGACCUUCAAGCCAUCAGGAUAUCCCUGUAGACCGGCACUGCGAAGAAGACAAAAGGAAUGGUGCAUACGGUCAGUGGAGCGAUUCAACCACAGCCAGGGGUUUCAUCACCUCUAGCACCAACUUUGACCUGCAGUGUGAAGGUGAGGACCCAGAGCCUCGUUCUUCUGCGCACGCCAGGGGCAAGGUUUGUGAGGACAUUGUCAUCAUCAGUUCUUUACAUGAGGAGGAACCAGUGCCAACAUCUGGUGACGUCCUACCUUACCGCCGCAAGGAAUGUGGAGAGGCCUUCCACCAUCUUGGCAGGUUGCAGGAAUGCGAGCAGUACCAUGGGGCUGAGUGUCCGUACCAGUGCCCCGUUUGCGGCAAAGGGUUCUUCCGUACGGCCAACCUGAGAACGCACAAGCUCAUCCAUUCGAGCGACAGGCCGAACAAGUGCCCAGAAUGCGACAAAGGGUUCCUUCACAAAGUCGACCUCUGGAGACACCUGCGGAACGUGCAUAAGAUAGAACAUUCGAAGAUGCUGAGGGACGGGCCUUUAAUCGUAGUGUCUUCGAAGGCUCAGAGCCAAAGCAGCGAGGGUUUGGCCUCUUCCCGGGUAGAUCCAGGAGAGCCAGAGAGAGAACAGCCUAAACCGUACGUAUGCCCGACUUGUGGCAAGGGUUUCCGUACGUCCAACUUGCUGUCCAAACACAAGGUGAUUCACCGGCAGGAUAAACCGUACGAGUGCCAAGAGUGUGGGAAAGCCUUUGUCCAGCUGCUCCGCUUGAAAAGGCACCAGAAAAUUCAUACUGGGGAGCGCCCUUUCCAUUGUGAAGAAUGCGGUGGGGCAUUCACACGCCUGACUUCGCUGCAUCGGCACCAGCGGAUCCAUACCGGAGAGAAGCCCUACUCGUGCACGUACUGUGCUCAGGACUUCACAGAGUCAGGCUCCUUGAGGAGGCACGAGCGUAUUCACCAAAUGAAAACUUCAUAGGGUCAUGGCACAUAUUGCAUUUGUGGAUGCGGGAUGUGUGUGUGUGUGUGUGUGUGUGUGUGUGUGCAGCUGUACGCUUAAGAGGUCCCAUGUGUACACCUUGAAGCAUAAAGUAUGAAUGUAACAAACAUAAGAUAAACUUUUUAAAAAUAAAUAAAUUCCUUCCAGUAGCUCCUUA